AUGGAGGAGCAGGUCCUGAUGGAAGGGGACCAGGAGGACCUCUGUCCAAUUGGAGGAGGAGGUCCUGGUAAAAGAGGACCAGGAGGUAUCUGUCCAAUUUGUGGAGGAGGAGGUCCAGAUGGAAGAGGUCCAGGAGGUCCUUGCCCAACAGGAGGAAGAGGAGAUCUUGGUGGAAUGGGUCCAGGAGCACCUUGUCCAAACGCCGGCGGAGGUCCUGCUACUACUGGACCAGGAGGUCCAAAUGCACCUAUUGCUAACGGUGGUGGAGGUCCCACUGCAAUAGACCCAGGAGCAACUACUCCCACUGGAUCAGGCCCAACUGGUUCCCUAACUGAUAUACCCAAAAACCUCGUUAUCCCACCAAUCAAAGGAUACUGCCUUAUUAUUGGUGUAACAGCAUUCCCAACAAUCGAAACAAUCUUCGCUCCUAAUCCAUCACCCAAAAUUGGCCACGGUGGUAAGAAAGGUGGUCUCAACCCAGGACCCACAGAUAUUCCAACACCAACUGGAGGUGGUCCAUAA